AUUUUUCCACGGUUUUUUCGGUGUCGUGCUGUCGUCCCCAUCAUCGUCGUCGUGUGUCGUCAUCAUUUUGGUUUGGAGAGUGCAUCUCCAUCUCAUUUCUUCGCCCACUAAAACAAAACAAAAUAUAUAUGGCUAGAAAAAAGGGAGGAAAAACCUAGCAAAAAUUUCGUUCGAAACGAAACUCCACACACAAAAUAGAGCUCCCGCUCCGAUUAUUUUAUUGAUCGAUUUUCCAUGACUGAAACAAAUAAAAUUUUUCCCCAAUACUCUGCCUGCUGCUGGUACUUCUGCCUGCUAUUGCUUCUGCCCGACACAGUCGUCGGGAAAAACGUCAAGUGCGGGUCGUUGUCGUUGUCGUUCAUUGACGCGAAAAUUGAAAUAUAUUUUUCCUCCUCUUCCUUGGCAUUUUCAUAGUAAAAGAAAAAUAUAUAUAAAAUUAAUAAGAAAACACAAAAUUGUGUUGUUUAUUUAUAAUUUUAUUAAGCUUCCGGUUGCCAUUUUUUUUUUUUUUGUUUGUUUAAAAAACAUAACAAAAGAAGUUUUUUUAGUUGAAUGCUUUUUUUCGUUUAAACUUAAAAAAAAAGUGUGUUCAGUGAAAAAUUGUUGCAAAAAAAAAAAAAAGAGAAAAAACGAUUUUUUUCAGAGACGUCGUCGUCGUUUGUCUACGUCUUCAAGGAUUUUGGAGAAGGGGGAUUUAUUUUUAUCAAUUGAAAGCCGUUUUGAAUUAUAAAUCAGGGAAAAUGUAUUUAUUGAUAAUGAAUACACCGGUCAGUAGUGGGACUAAGCUAUAUGAGACAUGGCAACACUAAUACAAUCCGCAUAUGUGGAGGCUGCUUAUGAAGAUAUGUUCAAAGAAAUCACACGCAAGCUGUAUGGGGAAGAAACCGGAAAUGGAUUGCAUACAUUGGGCACGCCGGUUGCACAGGUGGCCACAAGUGGACCAACAGCACCAGAAGGCGAGCGAUCUUUUACAAAUUUAGUAAGAUUGCCUAUUGACCGUUCAGUUGCACCAACAAUUGAAUACGAUCAUAAUAAUGGUGGUGCUGGAGGUAAUGGAAACGGCGGAGGAGGUGCUGGCCCAUCAGACACUUCCGCUGCAACAUCUAGUGCUGGGAAUUUUAAGUCCGAAGAUCAACUUAGUACGGCAUUUGGAUUAGCUGCUCUAAUGCAGCAAAAUGGAUUUAGCUCGAGUGGCACAAUACUUGGAGCACAGACAAUACAGAAGACAGUUAAUCCAUCUACAUCGAAUAGUAAUGUUGUUGUCGGAAAUGCUGGUACUGAAGCUCGUUGGACAGGAGCUAUUCCUGUUACAGUAUCUAGUGGUGGCGAGGAGAUUGUACAAUGGCCUACAAGUGGAAAGCUUGGCAGCUACAAUGGAAAUCUAAAAGCUGCAAAAUCUGCAAAAGUUCGUGAUCAGCAGGCGCCAAACGAAAUCUACACUAGUCCAACAAAUGUUACCAACAACAACAGUACACCGAACACCAAUAAUACACCCAGUGUAGUACAGCACUCUCAGCAACAUGUAGUCAGCACCCCAACAACAUCAUCGUCCAAUAGUCGCAAAAAGAACGCUGCUGCAGCAGCAGCCGCAGCUGCGGCUAAUCAACAAAAUGCCCAAUUACAAAUACCAAAACGUUAUGCAUGCACCCACUGUCCGUAUUCCACCGAUCGUCGAGACCUCUACACUCGUCACGAGAACAUUCACAAAGACGAAAAACCAUUCCAGUGUUACGCUUGUCUGAAGCAAUUCAAUCGAGCCGAUCAUGUUAAGAAGCAUUUCUUGCGUAUGCAUCGUGAGAUGGUCUAUGACAUUAAUAAGACACGUCGUAAUGUUCCCAGUACAGUAUCGACACAACAACAGCAGCAACAACAACAACAAACCCACCAGAUCGAUCAGAAACCAAAUAUAUUCUUACAACAACAAGUGGGUGGUGGUAGUGGUCCUAGUGGUGCAGUGCAUGCAGAGAAUUUCAUGACAGGACAACGACAAGAGACAUCUUCAAGUCUAAGUAUAGCCCAGACAAUUGAAUCUGUUGCAACAGCAACACACACCGAAACUAUGCCAAUUAUGAAACAAGAAAAGAACACCGGCGAUGAUAUAACUGGCACUGGUGCAGUUAAAGUUAAACGUGAGAAACGUUUCACCUGCUGUUAUUGCCCAUGGUCGGGAGCUGAUAAAUGGGGAUUGAAACGCCAUCUGAAUACACACACAAAACCGUUUGUUUGCAUGUUAUGCGAUUAUAAAGCAGCUCGUUCUGAGCGUUUGGCUACACAUGUGCUGAAGGUGCAUAAUAAGAAAGCUUGCAACAAAUGUUCGUUCCUAGCUGAUAACCAGGACGAAUAUCAGGCGCAUAUGAAUGAUGUGCACCCACACGAUAAUAGGCCAGCAAGAAAUAAUAAUAAUAAUAACAAUAGCACUAAUAUAAAUAAUAAUACAAGCAAUAAUAACAAUUUAAAUGUGUUAAGAACAAUUGGCAACACUUUAGUAUCAAAUAAUCAAUUAAAUAACUUCCAGAAUCCUAGCACUUCUUUUGGUGCCCAAUCGACAGCAAAUAGCAGCAAUAACAGUGGAGUUAACUCAUAUACAACAACUGAUUUGAAUGGCACAAAUAAUGCCAUGAACAACGGCAACGCUGGCCCUUUACAAGAGAUCAUGGUUAAUCCAACUUCUAUGGUCGGUUGGCGUUUGAGUGCAAAUGGUUCACUAAUUCCACCGCAUGAUCUUAUAACUGGUGGAUUGGCGGUGAAUGCAAAUCAAAAACGUGGCGCCGAAAGACUCUUUCAGUAUCUCGAGGCGGAUGGAAGUGAUCCUGAAGACUAUGCGCGUUUACUUAAAAUGGACGCAAUGAGUCGCAAUACAGCAUCAGUGGCUCAGGAUUUUCAUAAGGCGGGAGGCGUUGACUUGAAAAAUAAACAUCAAUUUUUCAACAACACCAUAACCUCAAAACAUGCUGCUGCAAGUUUGCUUCUAAAUAAAAAUAUUGAUAAUAAUAAUAAAUCUAACCAUCAAGAACGUAAAAAGCAAACAAAUGAUAAUCUUCGUUCAAAAGGUUUCUCCAGUUGUGGCAGUACAUCGGAUGAAACUGAAGAAGAUUAUGAAAAUAUGGAAAAUAUUGAGAAUUUCAACUCAUCAAGCGAUCAGAGAAAGGCGAUGUCCGCAUUCUUGAGUCGAAAUUUUGGUUUACAAGAAAAAAUUCAUCAUCCUAUACCGUUAAUAAAAAAUAAUAAUGAUGAUAACAUCAAGAUGAAGAAAAUCGAAGAUAUUAAAAUUAAAGAAGAAAAAAUAGAUGAAGAAGAACAAGAAGAACAUAAUAUUAAACAAUCAUCAAUAUUACCAACAAAAAUUGUUGAUUCGAUUAAGCAGCAGCCAAUGAAAUCGCCUCCCGCGCAACCAAUUAAUUUAACAAAUAAUAAAAAGAAGAACAACAACAAUAUCAAUCAAUUGAAAACAAAUGUGAAACAAUACAAUAAUAUUAACGGUCGUAAAUCAACAACCAAAACACCUGUGAUUAAUAAUAACAACAUGAAUAACAACAACAACAACAAUUCGACCUUGAAAGGACAUCGCCUUGAUCUGAUACGCGACAAAGAAAAUUCCAAUUCAAUAUUCUCAACAAUGGAAUAUCAAAAUUUAUCCAAAUUCGGUACACAGUUCCAGAAUUAUGUCAAAGAUAUAAUAAAUAAGUACUAUGCCGAGACACCAUUACUAUUUCCAAUAGUACAACAUCAGCAACACUUGCAUCAUAAUGUUCAACAAAAUCAACAACACCAACAAAAAACCGUAUCACCACCGCCAGCAAAACGACAAAAGCUGAGUGAGACAGAAGAGUACAUUGAAUAUUUAAAGAAUAAAGAAGACAUCACACUCACAAUAACACCAAAGAUCAACCAUAACAACAACAACAACAAUAAUAGUACCAAAACAGCAAACAUUACAAUAAAUAGUACGAAAAAUCAUUUCAACAACAAAAAUAGUAACAAUAUUCACAACCAAACACGCCCAGCUGUCAUUGUCAAACAAUCACGAACUCCACCCAGAAUAAUAGAAGAAGAACCCAAAGUUCAAGUCAUACCGGUUAUCAAUUAUGCCCAUGGUAACCUACAAUCGCUAGUCAAUGGCAACACUUUUUAUCCCCUAACAUCAUUAAAAACAUCGAAUGUUCAUGUACAACAGCAGCAAUUCUCAGAUGAUGACAAUUCACUACCAAUUGACAUGUCCUCAAAUUCACCAAUCUACGAUUCCAGACGCAACAAUCGCAAACAGGCUCAACCAAAGAAAAUCAAGACUUCACCGGAAGUGGUGAUGGCUCAAUUGCGUGACAAGUACCUAAAGAAAAUGGUAGACCGAAAGAAGAGUUGCGUCAUUUGUACGAACAACAAUCGAAAAUCAAUGCUUGUAUUCCCUUAUCAUACACCCGCUUCGCUUCGGCUGCACCGCAUGUGGAAGCACUCUGAACGAUCACAAAAGUGUUGCCACUGUAAUGCACGAUUCAGCAAAAUGUACAGCUUAAAAGUUCACAGUCGACUUGUGCACCGCAAAUAAUGAUCUCUCUCUUUUUAUCUCAUGACAGUUUGGCACUAUGUCAAAAUAAGUUCAUUGAAAUAUCACAUAAAAAAGUGUUGUAGUGUUAUAUUUUGUUAAGAAAAAAAAAAAACUAAAACUUGCAGGUUUCUAGUUGAACCUAACCGAAAGCUGUUUAUCAUUUUUUCAGUCUAGUUUUUUUUUUUAAUAUAAUGUAUUUAUUUAAGUUUUCUAUUUUAGUUAUGGAGUACCUGAAAUAUGAUUUAAAAUUUUAUUUGUUUAUGUAGAAGAAAAAUGCAUUUAUUGCCAUUGAACAAAAAAAACAAAAUGUUAAAAAAAAAAUUAAAAGCUUUAUUUUUAAUUGGCUGUUUACUUGAGAUCGUAAAAAAGCUUACCUCAAUUUGUCACAACUUCUUUUGAGGCAUCAUUUUUUUUAUUAUCCUUGUAAUUUUUUUUUCUAACUUUAUCAAUCAUCAAAUCUCAAUUUUUGAUAAUUUAUCAAUUUGUUUGACAAGUUUGUAUAGAUCUUUAAUUUACAAAUCCCAAUCUCAGCUCAGAUCUGAAUUUAUCACGCCAAGAGGAUAAGUGAUAUUGUCAAGUGAUCAAUGAGCUUUUGUUAGAAUUCUCAUUUUUCGUUUUCUAUUCUGCUUCAAAUUGUAAGCCAAAAAAAGCAGCUUUUGAAUUUUCAAAAUUUCAAUCAAAUUGAUGAAGGAAAGAAGAAAAAAAAAGAUAUUCAAAGAAAGUCGAAAUAUAAUGCCAUUUUUGUUCAUAUACCAUUUAUAAAAAAAAAUUAAAGUAUAUUGUAUAUCAUUUUAUUAUU